GCGGGGAGGAUCGGGAAGGCGGUAUGUAGGGCGGUGGGAUGCUGGGGCAGCAAGACAAGUGUCAAUCAUGGCCAGUCGUGUUGAUUAUCAUCACUUAUGCAAGUCAUAUUGUGAUAUACAGGUAUUAGUUUUGGGUGUCUACAUUAUUUCAUGGAGAGUUGAGGAUUUGGCGCUGUCAUGUCGUCCCUCCUGUCCUUUGCUGGUUGGGCAUUUCUCCCUAAUUAUGCAACCUCUAUCCUCCAGAACAUCUAUUAUGGAAUCACAAUUCGCGCAGGAGAUCCCCGGCCUCAGCCCCCAUCUCCACGGUAUGCGAAACAUCGCCGUCGCAUCUUCAUCUUUGUCGUAACGAGCUACCUCCUGUAUACGCUCUACGAAACAUUCUAUCAGGUCCGAGUCGCAGGCGACUUCUACCGUGUUCUGGGCGUCUCCCCACUGGCUGAUGACAAGGUGAUCAAGUCGCGAUUCCGACGGCUGGCAGCCCAGCAUCAUCCGGACAAAGUGGUCUCGGGCAAUGGGGUCCCAUACGCGGGGUCGGAAAACUACUUUGUAUACCUAAAGCUGGCGCAGGAUACGUUGCUGGACCCGGCCAAACGGUUUGCAUACGAUCGAUUCGGGCCAGAGAUUUUGACUUGGAAUAAUAAGAAGACGAUGCAAGAUUUCUUCUUUGCGGCGUUCCAGUCGAUCAUUCCGCAGUACCUGGCAGGAUUUACGACGGUCAUUUUUCUAAAUUUCACCUGGUGGUCUAACUGGGGCCGUUACUGGCGCUUCUUCACCUUCGCUGCUCUGAUUACACUCGAACUUGCCUUGACUACUCACCCCCUGGCGCUAUUCAUGCCCGCAUCAUAUCUUCCUCCAGCUCUGCAAAGUAUACUAGGAAUCUCCACCCAUUCGACUUUCUAUCUUCUUCCGUUCCAAAUUUUGACGCUCGCCCGACGGGCCUCUGUUACGCUGCAUAUCUUCAUCUCCCAGCUCACCCCGCCAGAAGCAACCAAGUCGUCAUCUGUCCCCGCAGCUGAGCGAAUAAACCCGCAACUUCUCCAGCGCCUGGGACAGGUGAUGCAGCUUUCAGGUGCAACUGAUUCCGAAGCCACUCGACUGUUACAACUGGGCUUUGCUCCGUUCCGUGGGGAUCGAGAGGGCGUGGCUACCUUGCGCAAGGGAAUGAAGGAGGGAUUGGUGUUGAGCAGUGUGAGGCGAAGUCCAGAAGUGCAGCAAGCUGUUGCUCAAGUUAUCCAAAGGAAAAACGAGGAAAAGAAGGCAGAUUGA